UUAUAUAAUUAUUGUUUAGAUAGGGAGUUUAGAUAGUCCAGUACUGAAUGAUGUUGAUUCUGCUAGCAAUAGUAAUCAGGAAGGACAUGAACCAUUAUGGGUAAAAGAGAUUCAACCAACUAUGAGUUCUUCCACAGAUGAUGAAAGUGAUAACUCAGUAGAAGUAAUUGAAUUAACAGAUGAUAAUAUAAAUGAAGAUAAGUCUCCAGAAUUACAUAGGUUAUCAUCAUCUACUUCUACGUUUUAUUUGGAUCUCAAUGUUAAAGAAUCACGUGUUAGUAUUUCUCGACCAAGAUAUAACGAAACUACUGUGAACAUCAGCAAUGUGGAAAGCAAAAAGGAAGAUGUGUCAUCCACAUUAGUGAGAAAACCUGUAGGAUUAGAGCCUGUGGAAAUUGUCAGGGGAGAAAAUGCUCAGGAAAUGAUGAUCAAUGAAGAAUUUUUACAAGGGACACUUUUUGCUGCUCAUACCGAUGGAAAGUACGCUGACGAUUUUUCUGCACCUGCUGGAUGGCAUAAUUCUCAAACUCUUCGAGAAGAUAAUGGAGAAAAAUUGGCUUUUGAAAGAAUGAAUGCUGCAUAUGAAAUUCUUGAAACUGCUUUGCUUCGUCAGCUACUUAGUUCUGAAGGUUUGUCAUUGUCAUGGUGUGAAGUUAUUCAACCUCUUAUUCAUAGAGUUGUGGAUACUGUAAGACCAGACAUUAAGCAUGAUAAUGAUGAAAUGGAUAUUCGUCAGUAUGUAAAAGUUAAAAAAGUAAGGUCGGUAUCUCUUCGAUACCACGUCAGGAUGACACCACUGUAUCCUUCGGUCGAUACAGAGACCACAAGUUCGCGCAAGCGGAUAGGUAUGAGGGUUGGACCCGGAAUGGAGAAACUGAGAGAAAAACGGAAGAAACUGCACUCCAGAAGUUUAAACAUAAAAACCGAACACGAAUAUCUAAAAAAUAUAGUGUGUAAAAUAUCAGCGUAUAAACCAAAUGUUCUGCUGGUGGAAAAAACAGUUUCUCGUCUUGCUCAGGAAAUGCUAUUAGAUAUGGGAAUUACACUUGUUUUGAAUGUUAAACCUACUGUAAUGGAAAGAGUUGCUAGAUGUACCCAAGCCAGUAUUGUAUCAUCUAUCGAUGCUCACUUAGGAAGACCCCAUCUUGGUGUUUGUCAUUACUUUCGAGUGCAGACGUUUCAUUUAUCUGGUAGUAAAACAAAAACCCUUAUGUUUUUUGAUGGAUGUGCAGCAAAUUUAGGAUGCACCAUAUUAUUAAGAGGUGGUUCAGUUGCAGAAUUGAAGAAAGUUAAACAAAUCACCAAUUUUAUGGUUUAUUUUGCUUACAAUUGGCAAUUGGAACGUUCUUUUCUAAUGGAUGAAUUUGCAAUGCCUCCGCCUCUUCCUGAUGAACUUCCUCUUAUCAUUGAAUCUUCAGAAAAUGAAAAUAAAGGUGAUAAAUGUGAUAAUAUAGAAAUGAAGAAAAUAAAAUAUAAUAAUGCAACUAAUGUAAAAAAUGGAAGUACUACAAAUGUUAACAAUUCAAAAUUUAUGUCUAGACCAACUACAUUAAAUCUAAAAAAUAUAAAGCAUCCAGAAACUGAUAUUAAGUUAAAAGAGAAUUUAGAAGAUAUUCAGAAAAAGAAAGAGUCAAAGUAUAUUGAAGACUUUAGUGAUCCCUUGAGAUCAUAUUUGCAGUCUGAAGAUGACUCUAUAUUUCAUCAUCAUGGCAGUAGUCUUCAUGUAGCGUCUCUACCGUUUUCAAAUCAGUUUCGUAAAGCUUUAGAUGAUGUUGUAUUAUGCAUUUCCCCAAAUAUAAAGAUUACUGUACCUUAUUUAGAAACAGAGAAUGGGAGAAAUUGUGAGCUUCGUCGAUUCUUUCCGGAAGAAAUAUAUUGGUCUGAACAAUUUCUAAAGGAAUUAGAAGGAAGUGGAAAAAAAAAUCAGUAUAUUGAUAUUGAAGAGGUGUCAUUACAGUCAUUUAUUACAAAUGUUAAUCAAGACAAUAUUGAAGUUUUGCCUACUCAUUCAUUUUUAUUUACAAAACUGACUACAACUUUUCAAGAUUCUAUUCAGACACAAACAUUAUUAGCAGAUUUUAGGGCACGUGGAGGUAGAAUUAGACAAUUAUGUCCCCAUGAAAUCACAAUGAGAGAAAAAGAAAAAAAGUCACAGAAUAGAGGAGAUACUUUUAUUACUGGAAUAAAUAAUGCACAAAAGUCAGAACUCGCAAAUGCUGGCCUAUUUUGGGAAAAAAAAGUAGAUGCAUUAAGUGCAUACAAUCAUCAGAGAUUAGCAAUUUUGUUUUGUAGUUAUUCUAACAGUUCCAAUAAUGCACCAAACUUUUGUGUUAGUCCUUGGGUUGUAAAUAUGGACUUUUACGGUUGUAAUGACAUUCCUUUAGGUGAUUUUUUAGAGCGAUAUUGUUUCAGAUCAAAUUAUUUAUGUCCUAGUCACAGCUGUGAUACACCAAUGAUAGAGCAUAUUCGAAAGUUUGCACACGAAAAUGGAUGUGUACAAAUUUUACUUCACAAGUUAGAAACAGCUUUACCAGUAGCUCAAAAUAAUAUUUUUAUGUGGAGUUGGUGUCAGAAAUGUAAGUUGACAACUCCAGUGAUUUCAAUGUCUCAAGAUACUUGGUCUUUAUCUUUUGCCAAAUAUUUAGAAUUACGAUUUCAUGGAACACUCUACAGUUGUAGAGCAGUAGAAAAUUGUCAACAUGCACUUCAUCAUAGUUACUAUCAGUACUUUGCUCAUAAACAAAUAGUUGCAACUUUCAAAUAUACGCCCAUUAAUAUGAGAGAAGUAGCUUUACCUCCUCUUAUAAUAACAAUUCAGGAUGAUCCUAUUCCACCAACAGCUAUAAUUGAAGAAAUUAAAGUAUUAGCAGUUAAUUACAUAUGCUUAUCUAGCAUUAUUCAAGAAAGAGCCAAAUUUCGAGAAAAAAUUGAAGAAAUUCAAUUAAAAUUAACUUCGCCCACUUUGGAAAACAUGCAAAGCAUUCCAUCUUCAGUAGAAAACGAAAAUAACAACAAAGACCUGUGCAAUUUAAUGUGGAAAAUAGCUGAUUGUGUGUUGCUAGUGAAAAAACAAAUUGCAGAAGCUGUUCAGGGAUGGAAUUUUAGGCUUAGGAGUUAUCAAGAAAGAGCCAAAUUUCGAGAAAAAAUUGAAGAAAUUCAAUUAAAAUUAACUUCGCCCACUUUGGAAAACAUGCAAAGCAUUCCAUCUUCAGUAGAAAACGAAAAUAACAACAAAGACCUGUGCAAUUUAAUGUGGAAAAUAGCUGAUUGUGUGUUGCUAGUGAAAAAACAAAUUGCAGAAGCUGUUCAGGGAUGGAAUUUUAGAAUUCAAGAAUUUGUUUCAACCAGGAAACGGGAAGAAAAACUACCUACAAAAGUAUCACAAUUAAAAUCAUUAGGACAAGCCCUUGUUACUGACCAAACUGAAUAUGGAAAUGCUUCUACUAGUUUAAUGAAAGAGUUGUCUACUGAUACAGAAGCUGAAGUUUUUGUUGCUGAAUAUCAAGAAGAGGGAUCAGAAAAUUCUGAAAAUAAUGAAGUUAAAAGACCAGAAAAACUUAAAAUGUUGGUUCAAUCAGAAACGAUUCUUCAUCAUUCCCAGUCGUUUGAUAGUCAACAUUCGGACAUAUCUUCGUGGAAAGAAAAGUCUCUAUCAUUUAGUGAUAUUACACUUACAGACAACGAAUUUGAAAUCACAGAUACCAAGAACAAAAGUAAACGAUUUUCCAUUCCACGAGUAGCAAGUGCUCCUGUUUGCCUUUCCGAUGGUUUAGAACAGUUUUUCUUGAAGACAGAUUUCGAUCAUCAUGAAAAAGAUUUUAAAUUGGCUUUCGAGGAAUUUAAUAAGUCUUGGGAAAGAAAAUUUCAAGAAAGUAGCAAGUCUUCCCAAGCUAAUGACUCACUUGGAAACUCUGCUGAUUUUGAUUCUGAAAUUGUUGAUAGAAAACAAGAUAAAGAAAUGACAGUUAUAGAAAAUGAAUUAGUGAACACUACUAAAAUUCUGAGUAGAGGUCAUGAACGAUCUCAAUCUGAUGGUGCAGAAAAGAUCUACGAUAUAAGGAACGCAAAAAUAUUGUCAAGAAACAAAAUUCACAUGGAAGAAGAAACUUCCAAUAAGCCAGAGAAGAAAGAAAGAGGUACGGUCAAAACUAUUAUUAGUCAGUUGUUAUCGAGCACUGCGAUCACACCAAUCCAGAGUCCAUUUCCGUUAACAGAGCAUCUUUUGUUAGUACAGUCUGAUAAGAUUCCAAUAAUUGUAUAUGAAGAAAAACCCAGUUCAAUUAUAGCCUAUACUUUAGCUUCUACAGAUUAUGAACAGCAACUACAAGAAUUAAAAAUUGGAUUGACAACAUUUAACGCAACCCAGAGAGAAAGUAGAAAUUCUAGUCCUUCGGUAAAACGUCGACAUCAAUCUAAAGGUAAUGAUAAUGGAAGUAACUCUUCCGAAGUUCAGUCAGUUUCUGGUGAAAUUUCUCCUAAUUAUACUAAAAGAGCAGGAAUGCUUUCAUUCUUUCGUGGGAAUGAAAGAGCAACAUCAAAACAGAGAAUGGCAAGUACUGGUCCUUUGGGUUUUGAUACUGUUCAAUAUUCUGUAGGUAAAAUGGAAAGAGAGAAUUUUGAAGGGGAAGAAGUUGAUUUUUCAGAUUUUGCUUUCUGUAAUAAUCAAGAAGGAGAGAAAAUAAGCAGUAAAAUGGGAACUAAGACGCCAAAUUUUCACAUCGAAGUUCAGUUCAGCGAAACGAACGCUAGAUUUUAUUGCCGGGUGUAUUUUGCCGAACAGUUUAGAAAACUGAGACGUUUAAUAUUUUCCGAAAGCGAAGAUCGAUACAUACGCUCGCUCUCCAGAUGCGUCCCAUGGAUUGCUAGAGGAGGAAAAUCUGGCUCUUCAUUUUGCAAGACAUACGAUGAUCGAUUUAUUUUGAAGCAAAUGUCGAGAUUAGAAAUACAAUCAUUUUUAGAUUUUGCACCUCAUUAUUUUCAAUAUAUAAACAGAGCAUGCAGUGAACAGAAACCGACUGUACUGGCUAAAAUUGUCGGAGUCUAUCGUAUCGGUUAUAAAAAUACAUCCACUAACGCUCAAUCAAAACUGGAUCUUUUGGUAAUGGAAAAUUUAUUUUACGGGCGUAAUAUCACGCAGAAAUUUGAUUUAAAAGGCUCCGUAAGAAACAGAAUGGUCGAUACUAAUAGCCAGGAAGAAGAUAUUGUUCUUUUAGAUGAAAAUCUGUUAAAAAUGACUUGCGACUGUCCGUUAUACAUCAGACCGCAUUCAAAGACCGUUUUAACUCUUGCCAUCAAUAACGAUUCGCAGUUUCUUUUUAAUCAGUCAGUAAUGGAUUAUUCGUUGCUAGUCGGUCUCGAUGACGAGAAAAAAGAAUUAGUUGUUGGAAUAAUCGAUUACAUUAGGACUUUCACCUGGGAUAAGAAAUUAGAAAUGGUGGUGAAAUCGUCAGGGAUUUUAGGAGGACACGGAAAGAUGCCAACUGUCGUCUCGCCGGAAUUAUACCGAAUGAGGUUUUGCGAAGCCAUGGAUCGCUAUUUCCUCUGGGUACCCGAUAGAUGGAGUGGAUUGGGUCAGAGCGUCGAUUGUUAGCCUAUGUCAGCUGCGGUUCUCUUCGAUCCAAGGAUUAAUUAAAGUUUGUAUAUUUGUAAAUAAGAUAUAUUUAGAUCUUGGAAAAGGUAUAAAUAUCAAUGGGAAAGAAUAUAUUUUUUUCUUUUAUUUUUAAUAACGAUAAAUAUUCAUCACAAUUUCUACGCACUUUAAUAUAUAUAUAUAUAUAUACAGUAUAUAUUAAUCUGUAGUUAUAUCUUAUUUCCCAGACUGUAUAAAAAUGAUAAUGUAAUUAGUAAACAAUCCGAGAUAAAUUAUUUGUAAAUUCGAAAAUUAUGUAAAUAUUUUUAUAUCAUACGGCCGAACGAAUACGUCUUUUUUCUCCCGAUAAAACGAAGAAUCGUUAUUUUGUGGUAAAUAAAAGCAUCAAAACGUUUUGUGAUGUAAACUUUCGUAACUCCCGGAAAGAAUGUAACCGUUACGACGUUCUUUUAUGUUAUUAAAAUUUAUCUCCUUUACCUACGAUGCGUUUGAAUUAAAGAAGGAAACGUCAUUACGUCUUCCAUUUAACGGGAAAAACUUACGAAAGCGCAAGAUUUCGGUCCGAAAUUUUCGGAAUAAACCAUCGAAAAUAUGUCAACCGGACGAAAAUGGCGCGAUGAGAAUAAAUAUCUGGUCGUUGGCAUCGGACUACCGCGGUAAAACGAAGUUGGAAACGUUGGGAAUUGCACAAAUUAGGAAAAGUUGGUCCGGUAAAACGGAAUUGGACCGGAGACUCUGUCUUGGAAUAAUUACGUAAAAUAGAAAUGAAUUGCAUGAAGGUAAGACAAUGUGGAAGAAUGAAGGCGUGGGCUCGGAAUAAGUUAAAUGCAUUUCUAAACAUUCUUAAUUUUACUCUCCCGGCUGUUAUACGGUGAAACCUGUCUAUAGCGAAAACCUGUCACAAACGGAAAAUUUCUCCGGUCUCUUGAAUUUUUUUCAAAAAGUAAUGUAAAUUAAUCCGUACAUAGCGGAACCCGUCCAACGUGGAAACGGAAAGGGAAAUCGGUAUCUUUAUCCGAUUUACCACAAAUUUAACAAGAAGCUUACAAGCCUAGCACGCAUAAAUCAUAGUCAAAAAAUACACAUACCCAAUACUGACUAGCAAAAUACACGACUACCGUGUUACAGUAAUUUUAUUGAGAUUUGAACGGAAAGUUUUUGCCUAUUUUUAUUAACGGCUGUUUUUACUUAACAUAACUAUCUGAUGUAAUUAUAAGUUGUAGGGCCCACCAGUGGCCGAGCUGUCUUCGUACCCUGAACACUGGCAGUUUGGUCGUGGGCUCGCUCCUCGCUCGGACGCAGGGCCGGCCAUCGGGGGGGUGCGGCGGAUGCUGUGCACCGGGGCCCCGCGAUUGAGGGGACCCUAACAUUUUCAAGAAUGCACAAGAAAACUCGACAAUAUUCCUAUCGUUGUCAGUAUGACGAAAAGUACAUUUUAUCGUAAACAUUAUUAUUGUAAUCUCUGAA